GCAGUAGAUUGAAGAGGCAGGGUUGUUUGGUACAUGUCGCUUGUGUGCUGUGGUUAGCAGUCAAUAGUUAGUUUGGUUUGUGUGAAAUUUUGUUUGUAUUUUGUAGUAACCGAGGUAAUUGGUGUGUUAGCUAACUCAUAUCAAAAUGUUUAAUCGCUUGACCAGCGUAUGGAUGGGUGACUUGGACUUAUACAUGGACGAGAAUUUCAUAAAGCAAGCCUUCAGCACCAUGGGGGAGACCGCUUCUGCCGUUAAAAUAAUAUACAAUAGAGUUACUGGUGGUGCAGCUGGAUACUGCUUUGUGGAGUUGGCAGACGAGGCCAGUGUAGACCGCUGUGUUUCCAGUCUUAAUGGGAAGGUUGUCCCAGGGUCAAAUCCACCCAGAAAGUUUAAGUUGAACUAUGCUACAUAUGGGAAACGAACAGAUACAGGACCUGAGUAUUCAAUUUUUGUCGGAGAUCUUUCUCCUGAUGUGGAUGAUCAGCAGCUUCAUGAGUUCUUUGCGAAGAAGUACGCCUCCUGCAAAUCCGGAAAAGUGGUCACAGAUCCCAGUGGUAUCUCCAGAGGCUACGGCUUUGUCAAGUUCACUGAUGAGAAAGAGCAAAGCAAAGCCCUGGAGGAGUGUCAGAAUGCCACGGGUCUCGGAGGAAAGCCAAUCCGAAUCAGCAUCGCAAUCAACAAGAGUAACAAGGGGAAUAAUUACCAGCAAAAUCACAACUACAGCAAUUACCAGCAAGGUUAUUACCAACAGCCGUACCAGAACUACUACCCACAGUGGGGCUACGACCAGUACAACAGCUAUAACUACAACUACGGGUCCUAUGGGCCCCCUCCUCCGGGACCUGGUAUGAUGGGCCCCCCUCCUCCAGGACCAGGAAUGAUGGCCCCCCCGCCACCCUUCAUGCCUCCUGUACCUGCAGAUGCGCACCACACUACUGAGCAAAUGCAGGAUUUUUCUGAAGAUGGUCUUGAAGAGCCUGUUGAAGACCCACAGCCCAUGACUGACGUGGACGCGCUGAACAGGCAGUACAUGGACCGCAGCGAGGAGCUGUACGACUCGCUGAUGCAGUGCCACUGGCAGCCUCUGGACAGCGUCACCUCGACCAUCCCAGCACAAGCCCACAGCUGAUUGGCCCCGCGCCGCCGCGGAACACGCCUGCGUCACGGCACGCACGCACGACACGCCUGCAUCACGGCACGCACAACACGCCUUUUUAAACGUGACCGAACUGCUCUCGCAAGCCUCCUGUUUUUAUCUGAUGAAUUAUGUUAUUCCUAAUGUCAGCGUCCUUUACCUGAGUCUGGAUCUUCUCCUCUUCUCCCCCUCCAUCACUGUAUUAUUUUUUCCUUACUAGCAAUCGUGUUUUUUUUUUUUGUUUGUUUGUUUUUUUUUUCCCUUGUGUGAACAGUGACAUUAUUCCUCUGUGUUGCUGGGUUUUGUUGGUCAGUCUCCAUUGUAUACCGUCUCUGUCCCAAAGUGGAAAGGUGUCUGACCAGUAUUUAUUCCUUACCUUAUAAAGCUGUUGCACCAGUUCUAGCACUGGAAUCUGAGAAGAUUUCAUGUUAACUUCUUUAUACUGGAAAAUGAAUUACAGCUCUGUAAAGCCAUACAAAAAUGUGCUGUUUUUGCAGUUGACCUUGGAAACGUAUCACUUGGAGCUACUGUAACUCAGCAGAAAUGCUGUCCAUGUGAGAUCGCUGUUUAAAGUCAUGCGGAUCAGGUGCCUGCAGUGCCCUGACAUGAGGAAAAUGCAGGGAUGCCUGGUCUCUUGUACAUUAAACACAGUCUGCAUCA